CGGGUCUUCGAGAUUCUCGAACAGAUGCACAUGGACCUGGCCAACUUCACGAUAGAGAAGAUGCGACCCUACAUCCGCCAGCAUGCAGCCGUCUAUGAACGCGAGAAGUUCGGCCAGUGUCUGGAGGCACAGAAAACCGAAUUGUUCCGUCUAGUCUACUAA